UUUCUUUACUGCUAUCCACAGCAUAACACCAAUAUUAUACACAAAAACAAUUGAGGGCUCUUCGAUGCAUGGGACUCGAGUAUCGUAAAAUUGAACAGAAGCGUUUGAGUGAAAUUGUCGGUUUAACCGAUCUAUUAUUUUUUUUCUGGAUGUCAAUUCACAUACAUUGCAGGCAGUGCAGAUAGUUGGGCCUGGUUGGAAAAGCUCUGCAAUCAUUGAUCAUAUGCGGCUAUUAUGGACUCCCGGCCGAGCUCGAAAACAAACCGCUAGGGGUUCUUGGCACAUCGAUCGGAACCUCGAGAAACUCCCGCAAGCUCCAUCACAUCUGCUCCAUCAACCCCGUCGCAAACAUCCCCAUUACUUCUUUCCGGUGCUCUUCUUCUAGGACGCCAUGUACAAGCUUCUUCGCAGUCGGCCGCUGACCGGCGCUCUGCGCGCUGCCGUUGCAAGCCCAUUGAGGCAACCAGUCAUCCAGCAGUCUCGAGGCCUUGCUAUCCACGAAUACAGAUCCGCAAACCUUCUUGAGUCGUACGGCAUUGGUGUACCCAAGGGAGGUGUAGCCACCAGCGCUGCAGAGGCAGAGCAGAUCGCCAAGGACAUCGGCGGCGAUGAUGUUGUUAUCAAGGCUCAGGUUCUUGCUGGAGGCCGUGGAAAGGGUACCUUUGACAACGGCUUCAAGGGCGGUGUCAGGGUGGUUUACUCCCCUCGGGAAGCCUCCAUCCUCGCGGACCAGAUGAUCGGCCACAAGCUCAUCACCAAGCAAACCGGAGCUGCUGGUCGGCUCUGCAACUCCGUCUACAUCGUUGAGCGCAAAUUCGCCCGCCGUGAAUUCUACCUCGCCGUCCUCAUGGACCGUGCAUCGCAAGGGCCUGUUAUUGUUGCUUCUUCGCAGGGUGGAAUGGACAUUGAGACCGUGGCCAAGGAACACCCUGAAGCCAUCAUCACCACCAACAUCGACAUCCACAAGGGCGUGACGGACGAUAUUGCACGAAACAUCGCGACCGAGCUUGGAUUCUCCGAGCAGUGCAUCGAGGACGCCAAAAACACCAUCCAGAACCUGUACAAGGUCUUCAUGGAGCGCGAUGCUACCCAGAUCGAGAUCAACCCUCUCUCCGAGACCACCGACCACCAGGUUCUUGCCAUGGACGCCAAACUGAACUUCGACGACAACGCCGAUUUCCGCCAGAAGGAGGUUUUCGAAUACCGCGAUAUCACCCAAGAGGAUGCUGAUGAGGUCAAGGCUUCCGAGUCUGGUCUCAACUUCAUCAAGUUGGAUGGUGAUAUCGGCUGCCUCGUCAACGGUGCUGGUUUGGCCAUGGCUACCAUGGACAUCAUCAAGCUGAACGGUGGAAGCCCUGCCAACUUCUUGGAUGUCGGUGGAGGUGCUACCCCCGAAGCCAUCAAGCAGGCUUUCGACCUCAUCACCUCGGACCCCAAGGUUACUGCCAUCUUUGUCAACAUCUUCGGUGGUAUCGUGCGCUGUGACGCUAUUGCCAAGGGCUUGAUCUCCGUGGUUGAGACCAUGAACCUGAGGACACCCGUCAUUGCUCGGUUGCAAGGAACUAACAUGGAGCAGGCACACAAGCUAAUUAACGAAUCCGGCCUGAAGAUCUUCUCCAUCGAUGACCUCCAGCAAGCUGCUGAGAAGUCUGUCCAAUUCAGCAAGGUCGUCAAGAUGGCUCGUGACAUUGAUGUUGGCGUUGAAUUCACUCUUGGUAUCUAA